AAAAAAAAAAGUAGAGAAGUUGUUUGGGGUUGAUUUCUUUGGCGUCUUUCUCGUCUCUCUCCCUGGUUCUCCCCUCCUGCCUUCUUUCUUCUUUGGCUUAUUCAUAUUUGAUUAUUUUCUCCAUUUUCCAAUUAAGCUGCCGUUUUCCCAUUCCGUCUUCUUCCCCAGAUUAUCACUUCAUCAGCAACCAUUCUAUUCUAUUGGUUCGUUUCGGGUUUUGUUUCUUUGGGACUUUGGCUGCCUGGCUUCCUUCUGGUUUCUAUCUGCCUGCUUCUCCAGUUUUAGCAGAGUCCCCUUGCAGGGAGGAAGAAUUUCCCUUCCAUUUCCCAUCUCUCUCUCUGUCCAAUUGGAAAAAGCUGCAAUUUUUCAGUUAUACCCACCAAGAUUUGAGAUCUAAUUCCUCUCCGUUGCCCUGUUUCUACUGAUUUUCUAAUCCUGCUUCUUCCGCUGCCGCCCGCCUGCCCCCGCCGAUGGUGUCUGAUGACUGAUGCAUUUUCCAGCCCAACUAUUGAUCCAAGUUAAAGUUUGGUUCCUAAAAACACACUAGUUCAUGGUCAUCUAGAAGUGAGGUGUUUCUGUGCAAUGGACCCCGUCGAUGAUGGGAACAACAUGCACAACCAGAGCCUUGCCUCCAAGCAGCGACUGCGCUGGACUCAUGAACUUCAUGAGCGUUUUGUUGAUGCUGUAGCACAACUUGGUGGGCCAGAUAGGGCUACUCCAAAAGGUGUUCUCAGGGUCAUGGGUGUACAGGGCUUAACUAUAUAUCAUGUCAAGAGUCAUUUACAGAAAUACCGACUUGCCAAGUACCUUCCAGACUCCUCUUCUGAUGGGAAAAAAGCUGACAAGAAAGAAGCCGGGGAGAUGCUUUCUAAUUUAGAUGGCUCAUCUGGAAUGCAAAUCACAGAAGCUCUCAAGCUGCAGAUGGAGGUGCAAAAGCGACUUCAUGAACAGCUAGAGCAGGUGCAGCGGCAGCUGCAAUUACGUAUCGAGGCACAAGGGAAGUACUUGAAGAAGAUAAUAGAAGAGCAGCAGAAGCUGAGUGGAGUGCUUGCUGAUGGACAACCACCUGGCUCUGGGGGGAUUCUUCCACCAGCCCUAGGGUCAUCAGCUGACUUAGAAUCCGACAAGACCGAUCCUACAACCCCUGUCCCAAGCGAGUCCCCGCUCCAGGACAAGGCCACAAAGGUCAAGAGCUUUUCGAUCGCUGAACCACUCCAACAACAGCAUCACCACCCGGAGCCAAUGACCCCUGAUUCUUGUGAUGACAUGGGCUCUCCAGCCGAUGAUAGUCCUACCGCCGAAAGGUCGUUGAAGAAGCAGCGUCUAAGCAUGGGGCCAGGACAGUUUGGUAACAAACCGGAUAUGCUUUUCCCGCACCAGAUACUGGAGUCUAGCUUGAACUCUUUCGCUCAGUCCCAAGCUCACCCUGUGUUUGCUACCAGUCGAGAGGCGUUUGAUCCUUCAAAUGGGCUAUCGAUUGGGAUGGACAGUCAAAUGGAGAAGAUUUCAGGAGGGGAUCUCUAGCGCUUGGAUGGUGGGCUCUUUAGAAUUAAUUGACUUGGGGUCAUUUUAUUAUCAUCAUCGUCAUCCUGUCUUUUAUGUAAUUUGGGGAAGAAGAAUACAUGGUUGAUUAAUCAGGCUAGAAAAUGGAAGAUUAAUAUUAGCCAAGAGCCCAAAACAGACAAACAGACGAGUAAGUUUCUAAGGAAAAAGCAGCAGGCUGUUCAUUUUAUUGUUUUUCCCCCACUUCACCCUUUUCUC